AGUAACAGAAAGGUAGUAGUACUAUUCGCUCAAACUUUAUUUAAUAUCCGCUAAAAUUUGCAAUAAUUGUAAAAGAUUUACUAAGUUAACUUCUCUCUCUUGUUUUUUCCUUUUUCGAUUCCGCCAUCUUUAAAAAUCUUUUAACUAAAUAAUUAUUAAUAAACAAAAAAAUAGAAGAGAAACAAUUCAAAACUACUAAAAAGAUGGAAGUUCGAAGCGUCUCUUUGGCAUUAAUCAUUUUUCUAAGUGCAGCAACAACUUUAAACAAUUGUCUAAGUAAGUUUUAUCUUUCUUUUUGUUUUUUAAUAAAAACAAAAUAUUAUUUUUUUUCUAUCUUUUAAAUAAAUAAAUAAAUAAUUCGAUGAAAUUAAGAAUCUUGUAAUUUGUAUAUUAUGAGAUAUAACAUUUAUUCAUCCUCUCUGUCUCUCUCUCUCUCUCUCUCUCUCUCCUCCUAUUAUACCACUCCGUAUUAAGCAAUUGGACGUAAAGAUACCGGUGACCUAAUACAACAGGUUUGUACGGUUGAUGCUGUUUUAAUUGGCAGUUACUGUAGACUUUUCUUAUCGUUUAUCUAUUUAACAUGAUCAUUUGACAAAUUACGUAAUGCUUAACAAUUAUUAUCGCAUUGUAUGAGGAGGACAGAUGUUAAAAUAUCAAUUUUCAAAUGAUUAAUGAGGUGUAUAUCGUGUAAAAUGAUAAAAUAUUAUAAUUUAUCGCAAUAAAUACUGAAAAUGAAAAUGACUUUAAUAAUAAAAUUAAAGUCAAGCAAAAUAUAUAGAGAGAAAAUUAUCAAUAAAUUAUCAUACAAUUUUUCGUUAAUAACUCUUAACUUCAAUUUUAAUAAAAACAAUGAACUACAGUCAAAGCCUGAACAACGUAAAGCUUCUCAAACAGUACAGAAACAAUCAUUAAAAACUUCAUGCAAUUCUACCAAUGGAUCUUGCGAAGAUGGCGAAUGUUGCGAUGAUGAAUCAGGUGGUGGUUGCUGUCCAAAAGAUUAUGUCGUCUGUUGCGCUGACGGAUCUAACUGCUGUCCUGGUAGAGCACCAAUAUGCUGUGGAGGAAUCCUAUCAAAAAGCUAUUGCUGCGACGACGAAGCAUUCUGUUGCCUAGGAGGGUGUUGUUUUAACGAAAAUCCAGAUAACAUGAAGAAAUCAAAUAUCCUAUCAGUCAACAGAAUCAAUCCAAAAGAGUCUCUAAAAGAAAGGAAUGUACCAGUGAAAAUUGGGGAAAAGAAAGAUUAAAAACAAAGAUGAUUGAAACUUCAAGUGAUUCCAGAAAAAUACAAAGUUAAUUAAACAAACUGUUAUUUUAUUUGUGAUUACAAACUUUGACAUUAUUUAAUUUAUAUUUUUGCCUUAUGCUACAUUAUAAA